AUGACGGCAAAAUCAGUACGUGAGGGCGGCCCAGACCUCAAAGGACCAUUUGACUUUCCAGAUACCCCCCUCAGUCGCGCAGCACAUCAACCAUUAUUACUAGGAGUCUUCCUGAAUCUUCAAGACAUAAAUAUCUCCAGUUACCCCACCAGCAACACCUGGACCUUUGACUAUAACGUUAAUAUCGUCCGUCAAGCCGAAGCUCUAGGUUUGGAACUCGCAUUUAGUCGCACACAAUGGUUGCCCAAAGGCGGUUACGACGGAGAGGCUUCGCUUGAUGCUUUUGUUGCUCUCGGUGCCAUGGCUGCAGUAACCAAGACCAUCAUGCUGAUUUCAACUAUGCAUGUCCUCUACGGACCAUUGCAUCCACUCCACAUCGCCAAAUACGGAGCAACGCUCGACCAUAUCGCUAAAGGCAGAUGGGGGAUUAAUAUUGUGACUGAGCUAUUCAACGUUGUCAACAGUCUCUGGGGUGAAACUGACAAUCUUUCUUACAAAAGAAAAGUGUCACCAUGGAGUCUUGAAAAUGCUUGGAUUACUCCCAAGCCACUCUUUGGUCGCCCGGUACUGGUCAACGCAACCGGAUCACCUGCUGGAAUGGAGUUUGCUGCCCAGUAUUCGGACUUGAUUUUCAUUACUUCGCCGGGAGGUGUGCAUAUCGAGAGUGCGUUGGAGACAUUGCCCGAGCAUAUUGCGGUUAUCAAAGCAGCGGCGAGAGCUAAAGGGCGUACCAUUAAGACUUUGAUAAAUCCAGUCAUUGUGUCGCGGCACACGCCAGAGGAAGCUGAAGCAUAUGCUCAGAGCAUUUUUGCUGGAAAGCCGAAGACGGAUAGUAAGGCAACAUUUGGCAAUACCAAUGCAAAGGCCUGGGAUAGUGAUGCUCACGCUUGGCGAGGGAGAAAGGAUGCUAGGCACAAGCAGGGACUGGGCCUUGGUGGAAAUAUUGAAAUUAUUGGGUCCCCUGAGCAGGUUGUUGAGCAGUUAGUUGCGUUGCAUAAACUUGGUAUUGAUGGCGUGCAGCUUUGCUUCUAUGAUUUUGAGAAGGAUUUGGAAUAUUUUGGGAGGAAGAUCCUACCACUGUUAGAGGAAGCUGGGUUACGGGUGCCAAUCAAGACAGAUGCUGAGGGGUUGAGCCGCUGUGUGAUUGUGAGACUUGGACAACAACAAUAA